ACUUUAAGCGAGCUGAAGAGCAGGCGCGCGAGGCAGGACGGGCGGAAGUGGCUUGUACUCUAGGUGCUGCCAUGCCCGGGGACCACCGCCGCAUCCGCGGGCCUGAGGAGUCGCAGCCGCCGCAGCUGUACGCGGUCGGCGAGGACGAGGAGCCAGCCGCCCGUGACCCGACGCGGCUGCGGCCCGUGUACGCGCGCGCCGGGCUACUGAGUCAAGCCAAGGGCUCGGCCUACCUGGAGGCUGGAGGCACCAAGGUUCUGUGCGCCGUGUCCGGCCCACGCCAGGCCGAGGGCGGCGAGCGCGGCGGCGGCCCGGCCGGAACGGGCGGCGAGGCCCCGGCCGCGUUGCGGGGCCGCUUGCUCUGCGACUUCCGCCGCGCGCCCUUCUCGGGCCGACGGCGCCGCGCUCCCCCAGGCGGCGGCGAGGAGCGUGAGCUGGCGCUGGCGCUGCAGGAGGCGCUCGAGCCGGCCGUGCGCUUGGGUCGCUACCCGCGCGCGCAGCUUGAAGUGUCGGCGCUGCUGCUCGAGGACGGCGGCUCGGCGUUGGCCGCCGCUCUCACGGCCGCCGCGCUCGCCCUGGCCGACGCGGGCAUAGAGAUGUACGACCUGGUGGUGGGCUGCGGCUUAAGCCACACGCCUGGGCCCGCGCCCACCUGGCUGCUGGACCCCACGCUGCUCGAGGAGGAACGCGCCGCCGCCAGCCUCACCGUGGCGCUCAUGCCGGUGCUUAACCAGGUGGCCGGGCUGCUGGGCAGCGGGGAGGGUGGCCCGACAGAGAGUUGGGCAGAAGCCGUGCGCCUGGGUCUCGAGGGCUGCCAGCGCCUCUACCCAGUUCUGCAGCAGUGCUUGGUGCGGGCCGCCCGCCGGAGGGGCGCCUCCGCGCCGCCUUGAACCAUAAGUGUGAGCAACGACGCCAAGGAGCAAGCUACCGCUGUCGCCGAAAGAACCCGAGCCGUCGGCUUGCAGACGGCGCUGAGCCAAGAACUAGAGCCCGGGAGAGGAUCUGGGAAAGUGCGCUCAGAACUGAUGUGCCGGACAGCUGUGUGUUUUCUUUUGUUUUAUAAACUAUCGUUUAAGAAACUUUUCUAAUUGGGUUGACUCUCAGCCACGACCCAGUUGAAGAAACCUGCUACUGCAGCCUGAUUUCCAAGGUGGAAAGGACUUUUGGUGGACUUGCCUGAAAAACGGGGACCUGCAGCUAGUGCCUUGUGAGGGAUGGACCCUGUGCGGGCCACCUAGUGACUGUCUGCGAUAUAAUGGGCCUGCUUUUGAGAUAAUAGACAAGGGGGUUGUGUCUUCCCACUUCUAUCUGAACUAAAACAGAAAUUCUUUUAUAGCUGAAAA